GUGACGCAGGGCGGGGCGUGUCCUGUCAGUUUUCCUCGCUGCUCCACGCUUCCUUGAGACACUCUGCUUUGCUAGUUGUCACGCACCGCUCCUCUGCAGCUCCUUACACUUGUCCUGGGUGAUUUUUUUUUAGCUCGAGGACGUUUAGCGGACAAGUCAAGUGCAGCAAAAUGUCGAAAGAUACGGAACAAAAGAGCGAAAAGAUCAUGGAUAUGGAGUGUAAGGCGCUGUGGUACCCGGACGCGAAGAGGGACACACAGAUGGAUAGAUUCAGGAUACAGGUCAACAAGGGCUACGGGCUUAAUCUGGGAAACUAUCAUGAUUUGUAUCAGUGGUCAGUGGAUAAUUAUCCCGAGUUCUGGACACAAGUGUGGAGCUACUGUGGAGUGGUGUGCUCCAAACCCUAUGAUGAGGUGGUGGACACCUCCAAGAAAAUCUCAGAUGUUCCCGAAUGGUUCCGAGGAGCUCGUCUAAACUACGCUGAAAAUCUCCUCAAACAUGCAGACCAAGAUAAAGUGGCUCUCUACGCUACGACUGAGAAAAAUGAAGAAAUAGUGAAGGUGACAUUUGGGGAGCUGAGACGUGACGUGGCCGUGUUUGCAGCAGCGAUGAGGAAGAUGGGCAUCCAGACUGGAGACAGGGUCGUGGGCUACCUCCCCAACGGCGUGCACGCGGUCGAGGCCAUGUUAGCCGCCGCCAGCAUCGGGGCCAUUUGGAGCUCCACCUCAGUCGACUUUGGGGUCAAUGGCGUCCUCGAUAGGUUUUCACAAAUUCAACCCAAGCUGAUUUUUUCCGUCGCGGCUGUGGUUUAUAACGGAAAAACGCAUGACCACAUGGAAAAGCUGACCAGUGUAGUUAAAGGUUUACCUGACUUGAAAAAAGUUGUGGUUAUCCCCUACGCGCGCUCAAAGCAGGAAACGGAUCUCUCAAAAAUUCCCAACAGUGUAUUUAUAGAAGACUUCUUGGCGACUGGACGCGGAGAAGCCGGCCAGUUUCCACAGUUAGAGUUUGAACAACUUCCCUUCAGUCACCCACUCUUCAUUAUGUAUUCAUCUGGCACCACGGGAGCUCCCAAAUGUAUGGUCCACUCUGCCGGGGGCACUCUCAUCCAGCACUUGAAGGAGCACGUUCUCCAUGGCAACAUGACCAGCGGCGACGUCAUCAUCUACUACACCACGACGGGUUGGAUGAUGUGGAACUGGCUGGUGUCGGCUCUGGCAGUGGGAGCCUCGGUGGUUUUGUACGACGGUUCACCUCUCAUGCCCACGCCCAAUGUUCUGUGGGACCUCACUGACCAGCUGGGUAUCACUAUUUUUGGGACGGGGGCUAAGUGGCUGUCAGUGCUGCAGGAGAGGGACUUGAAACCCAUGGAGACCCACAGCCUCCAGUCCCUCCACACCAUCCUGUCCACCGGCUCUCCUCUCAAGCCCCAGAGUUACGACUACGUGUUUGAAUGUGUCAAACGCAACGUGUUGUUGGGUUCGAUCUCAGGUGGGACUGACAUCGUGUCCUGCUUCAUGGGACAGAACCCGACUGUGCCCGUUUACCGCGGAGAGAUCCAAACCAGGAACCUGGGCAUGGCUGUGGAGGCCUGGGGCUUCGAUGGUAAGCCCGUCUGGGGAGAGAGCGGCGAGCUUGUGUGUCUGAAGCCCGUCCCUUGUCAACCAACACACUUUUGGAAUGAUGAGAAUGGGAGCAAAUACCACAAAGCGUAUUUUUCUACAUUUACAGGAGUUUGGGCCCACGGCGACUACUGUAAGAUAAACCCAAAGACAGGAGGCGUCGUCAUGUUAGGAAGAAGCGAUGGGACACUGAACCCCAAUGGCGUCCGUUUUGGCAGCUCAGAAAUCUACAAUAUUGUGGAAGCCUUUGAGGAAGUGUCGGACAGCCUGUGCGUGCCUCAGUAUAACGCAGACGGAGAGGAGAGAGUGAUUCUGUUCUUAAAGAUGGCACCCGGGAAACCCUUCAGCGCAGACCUGGUGUCAAAGAUCAGAGGAGCCAUUAGGAAGGCUCUGUCUGCGCGGCACGUCCCCGCCCUGCUGCUGGAGACCAAAGACAUUCCUUACACCAUCAGCGGGAAGAAGGUGGAGGUAGCGGUAAAACACGUGAUCGCGGGACGAGAGGUGUCCCAAAGAGGAGCGUUCUCCAACCCGGAUUCACUGGACCUUUACAAGAACAUUCCUGAGCUGCAGAACUUCUAAAGCUCAGAGAUCGUCCACUGUUUUUAGAUUAAGUAAAUAUUUAAAUUGAUUACGUCAGAUAAAAAAAAAAAAUUGUCGUGGCUCCAGAGUGUUUGGACAGGGCCGUGCUCGUCGGGAGUUAAAAUUGCAUCAUUCUUAAAAUAUAAGUCUGUUGAAUAUAUCGUCCCAAAACCAUUAAAACAAUCAUUUCAUCAUAUAGAAAAAUGUCUAUAUAUAUAUCUUGAUGCAAAACCAAAAGUGUGAUAUGUAAAUAAGGGGAAUCGCUGUGACUCAUCUCGAAAUAACCGUCCUCUUGUACAGGUCAACGACAGUAAUUUAUAACAAAUUAAAGUCGGUGGUAGUGGGACAUGCGCGCUCAAAAUGUGAUUAUUAUCAGAUGUUUGAUAAGAUUAUUAAAUGACAUAAACGGCUAAAUCUGCGGUGAGUAAUCUGAUUUCUCUGUGAUCGUGGUUCCUCACAUUUCUCACAUCAGAUUUAGCAGUUUUCAUGUAAUUUAAAUAACGUGGAAGGUCCAAAAAUCAGAUAAUAAUCAGAUUUGAGUGAAUCUAAACACUAUAAUAACUGGAUUAAGACUGUUGCUGCUUCAGUUUUCCUUGUGAUCGAGUUCGUUAAAGGGGCUGUGGACAGUAGAGAGGACUUUCCCAUCAUGCUUUGCUCUGGCCUCUCUGGGUCUGUGUCACUCGUACUGUAGCUUCCAGAAAACCAAGAACUGGGCGAAUAUCUAUCCUGAUCUUCUCAUCCGUGUCUCAUAUUGCCAUAUCAUUUUCUAUGUGAUGUGCUGCUUUUUCACUGUGUAAAGUAAAUAUUCUGUAUAUUUUUAACUGUGAAUGGCAUUAAUAUUAUACAUGCAAGUGCAGAUAGUGGCCUGUAUGUGAACGCUCGAUGCACAGAUGCUUUGUGAUGUUGGAACUUCCAGCUUGGUUAAAUUAACCACAGUAACUUACUGAAAAUUGUAUCUUUAACUGAAAAGUUAUGUACUAACAGUUAUUUUUGUAAAAGCUUCACUUACCGUUUCACGAGGUAGUUUUUGUAAAGUAUUUGAAUACUUUAUUUACAGUAAACUGAGAAGAAGUGAAAAGCUUAAAAUACCUGACAGGAAAACGACAUAAUGGUAGAAUUUUUUUUUUUAAUACAUUUUUUUUUCCACAGAUUCUUUUGAAAAUGCUGUAAUACGAAACAUUCCCUUCUAAACUGACAAAGACGUGAGGUAUAAGUUGGAAAGGGAUCAUAAUAUUGAACUUGCACUUUAAUGUGUUACAUGGUACAGUGUUUUGUUGUCGCUAUUAGAUCUGAGUUGCAGAUUUUACUAAUAAAUAAUUUUAUAAUUUAAAAGUUCUG